AUGGCUAACACUGGCAUACUUACUUUGACAAAACUGAUAAAAGCCUUUGACACGUUUGUAAAAAGCCUUUAUGCAAUUAUUAACAAUAGUUCAGAUAAAAAUAAAAUAAGAAAAGCUACCAAUCUUUUGGCUAAUACCAAGAAUCUACGUAAAAAAAAUAGAGAUAUUGAUAAUUUAUGGCUUGAAAGAGAAUAUGAAAUACAUGGUCUUCAGCUUCAAAAUAAAAGAGCAGUUUUGGAAGUUCUUCAGGUGAAUGGUAUCAUAGAUACAGUUAAACAAAACCAACAAUUUGCAAACAUAUUGAACAAAGGUGCAAUUACAAAUCUAGAAUCAUGUGAACUGGUUGACAAAAAUGUAUCAAUGAGCAAAAAAAAACUUGAUAAAGAAGACCAAUCACUUGAAGGUUAUGAUUUUAUUUUCAAUAUGGAGAAUGAAGAUUUGUUGACUGAAUGCAUAGAUGAAAUAAAUCUCCAAGAGGAAUCCAUUUUACCAAGUUUAUAG